AUGGGCAAGAAGAAGGAUAAGAAACGCGCCCGAGAAGCUGCGGCUGCGGCCGCGGCCUCCCAAAGUCGCACGUCUGAAGGGGCGCCAGCAGUGAGCAGCGUCUCGCAACCAGACCAACCCAUGGCUCCUUUUCCAGGCUCUACUCAAGGCCACCAUCAAGGCACACCUUCCCCUUUCAACCAGUCAUGGACUGCCGUAAACGCAGCCAUGAUGGCAAAUGGCAUUGCUAGCGGCCCAGGUUAUCCAAUGCCGCAGGCAAUGAAUGGACUUCAGAACUUCAGCAUGCCCAUCCUGCAGCCCAACUUGUUCCAAAACCAGCAUUUUCUCAAUAUGUACGGGAUGGGCAUGGGCAUGGGCAUGGGCAUGGGAAACGUGGCAUUUAGUACAAUGCAACCGAACAUGUUCCCUGGCCAGCCUCCCGCGCCUGCUUUUGGCCAAUACGAACUGGCUCAAACUGGAAUGGGCGCACAUGGGCAUGAGGCUUUGCGCGACGAAGACAUCAGCUCAGCAAGACCUCGCCGCAAGUCCCAAAGAGCGGCCGCAGCAGCAGCCAAUGUGGCCAUUGCCAACGAAAUUGCCAAUGGCCCCUCGACAGCUUCACCUAGGAGCAACAGCAGGAACGGGCGCGCAGCUAUCACAGCACCAAGCAACGCCUCGGGCGGCGUGCCGAACCCAACGCCCUCGUAUCUGGCCCGCGCGUCCUUCCUCCCCCAGCGGCGGGCCGAGCCGGGCCCCCUCCUGGUGGUGAUCGACCUGAACGGGACGAUCCUUUUCCGGCCGGACCGGAGGAAGUCGCACAGCUUCCGGCGGCGGCCGCACGCGGACACGUUCGUCAGCUACUGCGUCGAGACCUUCUGGGUCGUCUUCUGGAGCUCCGCGAGGCCGGAGAACGUCCGCCGCAUGGUCGAGACGCUCGUGAGCCCGGAGCAGCAGGAUAAGGUCGUGGCCGUCUGGGGCCGCGACCGGUUCGGCCUGACGCCCGAGGACUACAACGCGCGCACGCAGUGCUACAAGCGGCUCACGGCGCUGUGGGACGACCCCGUGGUCAAGGACAGCUUCCCCGCGGACAGGCCCGGGUACGAGGGCAAGUGUUGGGACCAGGGGAACACGGUGCUUAUCGACGACUCGGUGGAGAAGGCGAGGAGCGAGCCGCAUAAUGCGAUUACGAUCCCCGAGUUCACGGGCGACAUGAAUGAGUCGUUGGAUAUUCUGCCCAAGGUACAUGACUAUUUGAACGAAUUGUGCUUCCAAGAGGAUGUCAGCACAUACGGUCGGGCUAAUCCAUUCAAGAUGGCGUAA